UCACACAGCUCGUUGGUCGGGGCAGCCUGGUCUUCACGCCGCCCAGAGCCGAGGUCUUCGUGGAGGAGAACACGUCCGUCCCCGUCCACCUCCUUACGCUUCACGCCGUCUCCAACACCACCGGUAUGGGCGUGAUCUACAGCAUGGUGGGCGGAGGCGUGGGCGGCCUUUUCCGACUUGACGCCCACACUGGUUACCUCACCCUUACCGCCCCACUUGACUACGAAGCCAGGAGUCAGUACGAGCUGGUGGUGAUGGGGGAGGCUGGUGAGGAACGGGCCUACGCCAGGGUGAUGGUGCAGGUGGAUGAUGUCAACGACUUGGCGCCCACCUUCUCCAGACCCGUGUUCGAGACCCAGAUCACUGAGGAGGACGACAGACACCUCCCUAAGGCCAUCCUCCAGGUGAUAGCUGAGGACGGCGACGAGAGCGACGAGGGACGACUGGUGUACACCCUGGCUGGCGACGACCACCUCGACGACGCCUCCAACGUCACCUUCUCCAUCAGCCCCUCCACCGGCCACAUCCACCUCCUUAGGCCACUAGACCGGGACGCGCCCGCUGGACGUGCCCGCUGGCGUCUGUGGGUGACGGCGUCGGACGGCGUCCACGACGCUCACGCUCAAGUUCACGUCAACGUCAAGGACAUCAAUGACAACGCCCCCUUCUUCCCCCGUGAUGUUAUUGAUGCUAGUGUCCUGGAGAACUCCGCGGAAGGGACGGAGGUGGCGCGGGUGGAGGCCACGGACCACGACGACCCCCUGGAGGGCGCCAACGCCGCCAUCACCUACUCCGUCGAUAAGAACGUCAUCGACGAGCAGACGGGCCGACCCAUCUUCUCCAUCGACACCUUCUCCGGCAGCAUCCGGACGGCGCUGUGCUGCCUCGACCGGGAACAGACGCCCUCCUUCGUCAUCCAGGUGGUGGCUUCCGACGGUGGCGGCCUCAAAGGGACGGGGACGGUCGUGGUGUCGCUGGAGGACCGGAACGACGUGCCGCCCCGCUUCAACCGGCGGGAGUGGACGGUGAGGGUGCAGGAGACGGCCGCCCCCAACACCUCCCUGGCCCUCCUCACCCUUCACGACCCCGACACCACCAACCAGUUUGCUUUUAGGGUGGUGGAGGGAAGCGGGUAUGGAUGGGAGAGGUUCGCGGUGGUGGCCGCCAGGAACUACAGCGGCUCCUUGCGCGUCCUUCACACCCUCGACUUCGAGGACCCCGACCAACGCCGGGGAUUCAAGUUCAGGGUCCAGGUCUCCGACAGGGAGGAGCGGCGGUGGGAGGACGAGAGCCACAUGGACGAGGCGUGGGUGAGGGUCACGCUGGAGGAUGACAACGACAACGACCCCCACCUGGCCACCACCCUGGUCAGUCUCACCCUGGCGGAGAACACGCCGCUCGGCCACCCCCUCGCCACCUUCGCUGCCACCGACCUCGACCAGGGCGGCGACGACGAGAUCCACUACGCCAUCGACCCCAGCAGCGACCCGGGCAGGCGGUUUGCCGUGGACUCUGAGGGCCGCGUGCGGUUACGGCGGGUGCUGGAUCGAGAGGCCGCGGCGGGCCACACGGUACGGGUACUGGCAGUGGACGGCGGGGACCCCGCCCGCACCGGCACCGCAACCCUCCAGCUCACCGUGACGGAUGUCAACGACAACCCACCGCACGUGUCCGGGCCCGCUCUCCUGCAGGUGCCGGAGAACAGCGGACCACGCCACGUCGCCCACAUCACCCUGGACGACGCCGACGACUGGACUCUGGGCCAUGGACCGCCGUUCACCAUCGCCCUGGCCGAGGACGUCGCAACACAUGUCAAGCAAGACUUCGCUGUUGACUUCGAUCCCAGAGGAGACGAGGGCCGGGGCGUGGCCGUGGUGACGUCCCUGCGGCCCCUGGACCGGGAGAAGGCCGCCGCGCGCCCCCUGCCGCUCCGGGUGGCGGACGCCGGGGGCCUCGCCGCCACCGUCACCGUCACCAUCACCGUAGCCGACGUCAACGACAACCCCAUGAGACCGGCGGUGAAGACCGUCGUGGUCACGCGGGUAGCGGGCCAAGCAGGGGAGGUGCCGCUGGGGCGUGUGUACGUGCAGGACCCGGACGACUGGGACGCUCUGCAGAAGCGGUGGGCGUGGCGGGCGGGAAGCCAGCACCCGCUCUUCACCCUGGACGCCCACACGGGCCAGCUCGCCAUGGCCGCCCACGCUACCGACGGCACGUACUUCCUCCAGUUCUGGGUGAGCGACGCCACCCACGGGCAGGAGGACGUGGAGGCCAGCGUCAGCGUGGAGGUCACGACCCUCCCCCACGACCUCAUCCCCUGGGCCGUCCCCCUCACCCUCCCCUCACACACGCCCCAGCACCUCAUCGCCUACCGCCAGGAUAUCGGGAAAUCUCCACUGAACGCUCUGGUGUCGUCGGUGGAGGCCAUUGCUGGCGUGGAGGUGGUGGUGGUGUCCCUGGAGGGGCGGAGGGUGGCUACUGCAGGAGGUCCAGAGACCCGGGUGUGGCUGGCAGCCCGCCCCCGCCAGCCCCUCGACCAGCUCCUUCUCCUUCACCGCCACCAGGUGUGGCGGGAGUCUGGGGUGGAGGUGGCGGACGUCGGGGUGGGUGUGUGUCUGACGACCCGCCCGCUCCACCAGCACGCAGGAGGCCCGCGGGCCUGGCUCGUAGACGCCAACCAAACAGCAGUUGUUACUCCACGUUUCCACACAAGGACCAGCGGAUGCAACUGUCGCACCCGUCAGCCGCAGAUUCUGCAGCAGCAGCAGCAGGAGCAGCAGCAGCAGGAGCAGCAAGGACAGCAGCAACAAGUUAGCAGUAACUCAUCUCAUCAGCCCAGUGUUGCGGCUGUCACCCGCCCCUACUCCUGUCUGCCCAACCCCUGCCUGAACGGUGGGCGGUGCAUAGCCAGACCUCAGGGACCCAGAUGCGUGUGUCCGCAAGGCACCAGCGGCUCCAUCUGUAAACAGCUGAGUCGUCGUUUUGAAGGAGAAGGAUGGGCGUGGGUGUCCCCAGUCCCCACCUGUCCCCGGGUCCACCUGAGCUUCCAGUUCCAGACCAGUUCCUCCGACUGCCUGCUCCUGUACGCUGGCCCAAGACCUUCCUCCAGGCAGCUGUCGACGCAGUUCCUCCAGGAAGACGUGUUAAGUGUGGAGCUCAGAGGUGGACGGCCGUGGGUGAUGUUGGACCUGGGCACAAGUCCGGUGUUGCUGGCAGCCUCCCACACCCACCGUGGGUCAGCAGCCUCCCAGGCAGCGUCAUCAUCACCCACACACCACGCUCCAUCCUUGGCAGACGGCCGCUGGCACCGCCUUGAUGUCAUAUGGGGGCAACAGAAGGCGGAGGUGGUGGUGGACUCGUGUGCGGGUGGCGGCGAGUGUCGGGUGGCAGCCUCCCUGCCACCCGGUGUGGGCGGCCUGAGGGUGGCGGCGCCGCUGCAGGUGGGCGGCCUGGCCCACGCCCCACCGGACCACCUGGACCACGGGUGGCCCGCGCCUCUCACGCCGCACAGUUUCCGCGGCUGCAUGCGUCACCUGCGCAUCAACGGUGAGCUGCGUGACCUGGGCCGGGAGGUGGUGAGCCACAACAGCUCUCCUGGCUGCCCACAUCACGACGCCUGCCCGCCAGCUGCUGGCCCACCCUGCCCUCACCUCACCAGGUGUAGUGAAGGCCAGGAUGGAGGAGCCGUGUGCGAGUGCGCGCUGGGCUGGACGGGCGACUCUUGCCACCUCAAGACGCAGCCUUCCUCCUUCGCGGCAGGAAGCUACAUCAAGAUGGCGCUGACAGCAUCCCCGCCGCCAAACACCACCUCCCUCCAGCUGAGGUUUCGUACAUGGGAGGAGUCGGGACUGCUGUUAGCUGUAAUGUCUCACCACGGGCGUGACCGGCUCACCCUCCAGCUCACAGCAGGCCACCUGUGUCUGCAGCUGGUGCUGCACCAUCGUCCGGACACCCAGCUGUGCUUGUCGCGCGCACACCUCAACGACGGCAAGUGGCAUGACGUCAUGGCUAGCAGGUACGGGGGGUGGAUGGAGCUGUUGGUGGACGAGGGAGACGGCCCGCUCUACAACACCACGCCCACCCCGCCCUCGCUGCUGGGCUGGAUGCUGCCUCUUGUGGUGGAUAGGCACGAGGGCGUGCAUGUGGGCGGCUCGCCAGAGUAUGUGGGCGUGAGUCUCCACGCCGUACAUAAUGACUACCGUGAUGGCUGUCUGGAUGACUUGAGGGUGUCUGGAGUAAGGCUUCCUCUCCCUCCACUGACCAACACAUCGUCCACGGCACAGGCCGCGAUGUUCACUAAUGUUCACGCUUCCUGCCUCGCUCCAGCCGUCUGCACCAACGUCUCCUGCACACAGCCACUUACCUGCGUUGAUGUCUGGAGGAGGCAUCAGUGUGGGUGUGGAGAGGGUGCAGCGCUUAUGAGAGACACUGGAACCUGCAGGGAUGUGAACGAGUGCUUGUGGUCUCCUUGUUUCAACGGAGGCACCUGCUUGAAUCAGGAGCCAGGGUACCUAUGCUUGUGUUCAAAGUCCUUUACAGGUGAGCACUGCGAGGUGGCUGGGGGCAGACGCACGUCAUUCAGCCUCUCCUUCAGCGCCCUCAUCAUCGUUCUCGUCUUGUCAUUGGUCAUCUUGGCCCUGGUGCUUGGGGUCUACAUAGUGUACCAACGACGACGUGGCAAAAUCCGGAAAUCGCUAAGAGCGGCCGAGGAGUUCAUAGUGUCUGCAAAAAUAUCCCAGGAACUCGAAAAUGGAGACGCUCAUGAUGGUGACAAUGCUGAAAUCCAAAUGACUUGCAGUUUAAAAGCUCACAAUCAGUCACCAGUGACCAAGGACACCAAACUGGCUGAUGUGGAUGUGGUACACAAGGACAAGUCAGGGGCCAAGAAGGCAGCUGCACCAGACAGUGGAUGUGGUUGCCCUAACUUGCCCUCACUUGAUGACCUUCGCUAUUAUGCUUAUGAAGGUGAUGGCAGCUCCCCAGGGUCACUGUCAUCUUGUUGUUCUGGUAUUGAUGGUGUUGAAGAAGUACGGUUUCUUGGAGGGUUUCAAGAUGUAGCAACAUUACUUAACUGUCUUGCUGGAUACCAAGAUCCGCACUCACCAGCCCACCAAAACAAUAACAGCACUUCUACCCAACAUGUACCUAAUACACUUGGCACUUCUUCAGCCACAAAUAGUGCAGCAGGAAAUAAAAUAGACGAACAAUAUACUUCACCACCCAAGAAGUUUCAAGAUAGUGUUUCUGAAGUCCAAAAAGUUUCUGGGGCCACAAAUUAUGAUGUUGGCAUCAAGUCAGCAUUAAUACAUAGAAAAUGUAACUCUCUCCCAAGAACCCGAGUCCCAAAAAUAUUUGUUAAUAAUCUGCAUGAUGAUUCUUGUGAAACGGUGAGUUGUCUUGCAGAAAGAGGUGGUGGUUCACCAAGGAGAACAAUUUCUCCGGCUUUAGUAAAUAAUACCCUUCUCUUAGAUACCUAUCCCACAAAAUUGCACACAUGUACAAAAAUUACACCACAGACAGAGUUUGAUGGGAAUCCACUCUCCUUCCUGUCUAGUGGUAGAGACAUGUGCCAAGCUUGUAAUACUGCCACUCUGUUCUGUGAUGCUAAAUGUAAAAACAGAGUUCCUAGGAGAAGCAGGUCAAUCUCAACUAUGUCAUACAAUGCAUCGGGAAAUAGGACUGUAGACAGUGGUUUAUGCUCUAUAAGUCAGCCCUUGGCAGGAGUUCCGUGCACACAAUCCUCCUGCCAGAAACGAAAAACUUGUUCUUAUAGUCAUCAUCAACUACAGGAUACAAGUGGUCCAGAACUGGCAUCAAGUUGCGCCUGCUCUGCCAAUCAGAUCUCCGUAAUCUCCACUAAAUCCCACAAGGUUGGCAGUAGCGAUAAACUGUAUAUCUUAUAAUAAAAUUAUUUUGCUACUCUGUGUAUAUAUCAACAUGUAUAUAUAUGUUAUUAAAGUAAAUUGCUGAAUGAAAUAAUUCUUUAGCAUUUUAUGGGAGUUCAAACUACUGUUUAAAUACCAACAUUUAUGUGAAUGUAAAAACUAAGUUGCAGUUAUAACCUAACAAAUAUUACCUAAAUGAAUCCAAGCAAUCCAUUACUCUGUAAGACAAGAUGAUAUUUUGUUAGUAUAUUUAAAGAAUGCUCUUAAAGAUAUUUUGCUUUGUAAAUUGAAAAUUAUAUUUACCUUAUUUUACAAUAUGCACCACUACUGAUUAAGGCUUAUCUGGCAAGUUACAGAUGUUCAAAAUGACACAUACAUGCAGGUCUAUAAAUGUUUUUUACUUUCCAAACACACAAAAUACACAACAGGUUUCUGUAAUGAAAGAUGUAACAAAAUUUAGAAAAUAAAAUUACUAAAAACCACUUGACAAAAAUAAAGGAAGCUGCCACUUCCUUGCAGAAGACAGGGGAUGCCACAAACAAGGUGGCAAAGCACAAAGCUGAACCCAAGCUGAACAAUGCGAGAUAAAGAUACUAUACUUUGCCCAGCUGAUUCUUGAGAGAAAAAUCCUCAAAACCCCAAACUAGCCUGAUCAGUAGAAAGGCAUGACAGAGAAGCUUUACAGUUCAGGAAAUUCUCAACAACCACUGUAAUCAAGACAAAAAUAAGAAUGCAGCAUACCAAAACUAAAGAGACGAAUCAUAACAAUCCAGGAAAUAGUGCCAUCCAAUUUUGGAAACCGAUACCCAAAAUGGUGUGUACAGGAACAAGACCAAAGUCUUAAAUGAAAGGCUGGAGUGCCUCUUCAUCUAAGGAAGAGAUAGUGCCAGCCCUGUUAAGGAGUGGAAAAAUCCUCAACCAAUACCUGGAGACAAUUGCCUAAUAGGAGAUACUUUCCUCUCCAAAAAAAGUCUGCAAGUAAUUAUCAAGAACAGCACCAAAACCCGAAGACUAUUUAGCACCAUCUGUGUCACAUUAAAAAAAAUUAGAUAUAUAAUUCAGGAUUCCAUUAAGAGCACAUCAUUAGAUGAGUAAUAUCAAAGAUGUCAAAUUCACCAAGGAUUUUAUUGAACACUGGGAAAGCAAAAUUUCUGAUCUUGAAAAAUCUGGACAUUAUGAGGAUGUGCGAGACUUAACAGGGCAAGGCUGUUCAGAGAGUAAGGUGCAUAUUUUUUUCAAGUGCCCAAGAGUUCAUCAUAUGUAGCCAAAAUUAAGCCAAAUCCCUCUAAAUCCUCAUAAUGAAGGUAAGUGGAGCAUCAAGAAUCGAGAAAGGUAGCCAAUAUACACACAUACCCUUCUGGAAAAAGACAGAUACAAAUCACAUCUUGACUGAACAGAAAACACCUCGACCAUAGUUAUGUUUGCAUAAAUAUUGCAUUAAGUAAUUAUCAAACACAAGUGCCAAGCCAGUAUGGCACUGUAUAGCACUGUCAAUUGGUACAGAAUAUUCAAGACUUGCAGGAUAUCACUCUGGAUGCCAAGAUGUGAGCAGAAAGACCUAAAUGGUCACUUAUCAAACUAAUUGGAUUUCCAUUACAGUAUUCCUAUAUUUCCAUACAGGAAUAAUGAAUGGAAAUAUUCCAUAUUCCACAAAGCAGCACUUUUCCAAAUCCCAUGCUGUAUGGUAUUGCAAUUUCAUAGUGAACAGCACAGGUAACAAUCAAGUAAUAAAUCACUAGGUCCUCUACCUCACACACAAUAGUGAAAAAAUAAGGAGGCCUAAAGGCAAGAAUAUUGCUGACCCUAACAUAACCCUGCCUAAAAUGAAACAUAGGAGAGGUAAACAAACACAUGUUUUCAUUGACAUGUGAUGAAGCAUUUGAAAAUUAUUGCAUCAACCUCACUUGAGGGUGGAAGGAACUCUGAAUAUAAAAAAGAAGUAUGCAGAGGGAAGGAACGACAGCCAUCCUGAAUUAACCAUCAUUGACAGCCAUCAUCGAAACGACAGAUCAGGAGUAACAUAUGCCACAAACAGUACCACGCUUCCCAGCUGCAUCCAGUAGAAAUUUACCAUGUUGCUAAGCAACAGCAAACAACAUGGAGGGGGGAGGGAAAAAAACUGAUCACACAGAACAGUAAUACAUCACCUGAUACAGUAUACAGUAAUGGGUCACCUGACUAUCAGGCAUCUACAAUAGGAGACCUGAGGGGUAAAGAAAGACUUACUAGUUGACUGAACCCUAUCUAACCAUUAAGGAAGGGCAAAAGAAGUGUGUGACAGGAGAAAGAGAGAGAGAGAACAAAAAAGCCACAAAGAACUCAUACAGGUGAAAAACCAAACUGAAUGUACUAAAGUGGUGCAAAGCACAUAUAUCUAAUUCUAGAACAAAGUACCAAGAUGCAGCAUAUUUAAUUUGAAAUGGAUAAUAGCAACAACUGAAAUGGGAACAUAACUGGAAAGGAGGCAACUCUGGACUGUUAGUUUGUUAAGACAAGAGACGCAAAAACAAAAUAUGUACACAAGAAAAAUUCCACAUGCUAUAUAUGUACUGUGCUGUUAAAGCAAGUAUGUACCCAUAAGCCUCACCCCAUAAGGGACUAAUAAAAAAAAACAAAAAAUUAUGACGAGACUCGAGACAUGGGACAAUGUUUAGGCAGGUGAUGCCAUCUGGCGGUGGGUGAGGUAGCACAUAGUUUGUGAGAGCAGCAUUUGAUAAUCCUUGUGAUGCCAAUUAAAGCUCGGAAAGGUUCUGAGUAUUUAUGAGUAAAUUUUCUAUAAUUAUUCCAAGUUGGAAUGAGCUUUUUCCAUUGCCUCCUCAACACCAUGGACGGUAGAGCAAUGGCCUCUCUUCAUGCAGGUCGGCGUUCAAUCCCCGACCGUCCAAGUGGUUGGGCACCAUUCCUUUCUCCCGUCCCAUCCCAAAUCUUUAUCCUGAUCCCUUCCAAGUGAUAUAUAGUUGUAAUGGCUUGGUGCUUUUCCCUGAUAAUUCACUCCCUCCCUCCCUCCCCAAUACCAUAACAACAUGAUAGAAAUGUUUAAUAGGAUACCUGUUGCACUGGUGAAGAUUGUCAUCCUGUCCUGAAUGUUAUGAUCCAAUCCUUGUGGGAACGGGAUUGAUCUUGCCCUAGAGAGCAUCUGAGCAGAUCUCAGGCUGGACAACUCUAUUACAUGAAGAUAAAAUCUUGAAU